UAUUGAAACUCUUUUUUUAAAAAAAAACUAACGACUUCCUGAGGUCAGUAUUUUGAAUGUAUAGAUAGACCAGGCACAUUUUAACCCAUUUCAUUCAUCGAAAACCCUUUCUCUCGAAAUCCUUUCCCUCAAAAUCCUCUCUCAAAACUCUUUCCCGUCGCAGCCCCUCCGCCGUCUCUCAUCGUCGCAGUCCCCUCUCUCACCUUCGCAGUUCCCCUCCACCGUCGCAGCAGCCCGCAGAUUGGAAUGACGUCUCUAACCUCGUUAACACACAUCCAUUAUGUGCAACCCAGCAUUUGUGUGGUCAUCAAACCCUUUCAAAAAAAACGAUUCUCAAAUGGAAAAGUUUUGUUUGGGUCAAGAAUCCAGACUUAUCACAAUGCAGUACCAACCUUGACGAGAGGACUAUUUGUUUCUGGGCUCUGGGAUGCACUAACAAGUGGUAACUCAGCUGUGACUGCAAUUCGACAGGGAAUGCUUCUUUUUAGACAGGGCGAUGUGUUAGGGUCUUUGGUGGAGUUCGACAAGGCAAUUCAGCUUGAUCCUCGCCAAAAAGCAUAUCUUUGGCAAAGGGGGUUGUCUCUAUAUUAUCUUGAUAGGUAUGAGGAGGGUGCACAUCAAUUCCGUCUAGAUGUUGCCCAAAACCCAAAUGACACGGAGGAGUCAAUAUGGUGCUUUCUUUGUGAAGCUCAAUUGUAUGGAAUUCAUGAAGCAAGAAAAAGAUAUCUUGAGGUAGGUAGAGAUCCACGGCCAGUCAUGCGAGAAUCCUAUAACAUGUUUAAAGAUGGUGGUGAUCCAGAAAAGCUUGUUGCUGCAGUUUUAAGUGGACAGCCAAAUGAAUAUUUCUAUGCUUCUCUUUAUGCUGGCUUGUACUAUGAAUCACAGAAUGAGCCAGAUGUAGCUAAGGUUCAUUUAAUUGCUGCUUGUCAAUCACCUUAUGGAUCAAGGAGUGAUGAUUACAUGGCUGCUCUUGCCAAGGUUCAUUGCAAAUGUAGAAAUUGGAAUAUCAACUAAGAGAAUACACUCAAGUUCCAUGAGAAUGGUACAAGUCAAGAUUCCGGCGAUGGUAAAAGUGAUGGAAAAAGAUUCCGACAACCAAUUUCUGCACCAAAUUUUGCGGGAUUUUCAACGAAUUGUAACAAAGCAUCGAGAAAUCUACUUUAAACCUCGAUGAUUUCUACUCCAUCUUUCUUUGUCACAUUCGGUUAUUUUUGUUUCAAUAUUUAAAAUUGGAGGGACUCGUUCUUGAUUGUUCAUCCAGUCAAUUAUAAUGAUCAUUUUUUGUUUGUGUGUUAGUCCUUGUCAUUCAAAUUAGUAAGUAAAGUCAGCAAGUUUCGUCCAAUAUAGUAGUGUUUGGUUAGCUUGAUCUUUUUUAGUUUACCUUAACUAAUUUCUUGUGCACCAGUUCAACUUUUAAUAUUAUUUCUUGUCAAGUCUAUUAAAUUGCUUGAGAUUGUUGUGACCUCUUAUUGUUCUUGAUUUCUCGUGUUUGCUUACUAGUUCGCCUGAUUUAGUUGUCCUUAGUAUAUUCCUUUGUAUUUUACUUCUUAUUUGGUGGCUUUGGCGAAUGAUGGUGGACUAGUGUCCUGUCUUCGGUUGGGCCGGGAGUGAGGGGUAGUAGUACUUACAACAAGUUUCGUCCAAUAUAGUAGUGUUUGGUUAGCUUGAUCUUUUUUAGUUUACCUUAACUAAUUUCUUGUGCACCAGUUCAACUUUUAAUAUUAUUUCUUGUCAAGUCUAUUAAAUUGCUUGAGAUUGUUGUGACCUCUUAUUGUUCUUGAUUUCUCGUAUUUGCUUACUAGUUCGCCUGAUUUAGUUGUCCUUAGUAUAUUCCUGUGUAUUUUACUUCUUAUUUGGUGGCUUUGGCGAAUGAUGGUGGACUAGUGUCCUGUCUUCGGUUGGGCCGGGAGUGAGGGGUAGUAGUGGUAAAGGGGGUACAAGCCCUCUUAAUGUAAGAGUAGGAUUGUGGAAUAUAGUGUCGUUGACAAGGAAGUCUACAAAGCUAGUGAAGAUUCUCAAGAAAAACAAGAUUAAUAAAGCUUGUGUUUAGGAGAUUAGAUGGGUAGGUAUCAAGGCUCGGGAUGCAGACAUGUUUAAGUUAUGAUACUCAUGAGGCUUGAAGGAUCGAAAUGGAGUUGGUAGUUUAGUAGACAAGAACCUUAGGGAGCAAGUGGUGGAGGUUAGGAGGAUCAAUGUAGGUUGAUGAUGAUUACUCUAGUUGUGGGGGGGGGGGGCUUAGUGUGAAUGUUAUUAGUGCUUAUGCACCUUAAGUGGGCUUGGACGUGGAGGUCAAAAAGCUCUUUUUGAAGGAUUUGAAUGAGGUAGUGAGAGGUAUAUCGAACACCCAGAAGAUUUUAAUCGGUGGUGAUUUUAAUGGUCAUAUCGGUGCAACCUCUAUUAGCUUUGAUGAUGUUCAUGGAGGUUUUGGUUUUGGGGAUGGGAAUGGAGGUGGAGAGUCACCUCUAGAUGUUGCUAAAUCCUUUGAGUUGGUUAUUUCUAACUUAUGUUUUUCGAAGAGGGAAAAUCAUUUGGUCAUCUUUCGUAACACGGCUAAAACUCAAAUCGAUUACUUCUGCGGAUGAGUGAUAGAGGCCUUUUUAUGGAUUCCAAAGUUAUUUUAAGUGAGAAUCUUACGACCCAACAUAGGUUUUUGGUUAUGAACUUGGAGAUUAAGAGAGAUAGGAGGAAGAAAACUCUUUAUGAUCGAGCAAGGAUUAGAUGGGGUGGCUUGACCCCGAUCCUUUCUCGUCAGUUGGGGGAGAAGUUGAUUGGUGUGGGGGCUUGGAGUAGUAUGGAGGAUGUAAAAUACAUGUGGGAUAUGGCGGCUAGUUGCAUUAUAGAAGUAGUGACGGAGGUUCUAGGGGUAUCGAGAGGUAACUUAUGUAACACCCCCUAAAACGUUGUAUGUGGUGUUUCAAUUCUCGACGAAAAUGAUAUUGCUUCUGUAUUUUGGGCAUAACUUUUCAUAGAAUAGUCCAAAUUAGGUGAUUCAAAUUUCUGAAUAACCCCAACGGCAUUACCUACAACUUUAAUGAAGACCAUAUCUUAAGAUUCGGAGGAUACGUAGGUCAAAUAAAUUAAUUUUUGCAAGACAUGGUGCUAUGACGAAAUGGAGUGUUUGUAGAAGAAAAAUCAUUUCUCACGUUAGGAUGCUCUAAAUCGGUUGAUUAUUGAACGGCAUGAAAGUAUACUUCUAGAUCUACAAUUCAUAUGAAGACACCAAAUCCUAAUUAGAAAGUUAUCUUGUUCAAACGCAGCUCUGAAAAAGGGUAUUCCGUUAAAAGAAGGUUCAUCUCACCAACAAUGGAAAGAUCUAGAUCCAUUUGACAUCACCUAUGACAUUAAUAGUCCUCCAUUUGACAUAAUCUAUGAGAUCACAAUCCUCCAUUGAAUUUUCAAGAUCAUUUUUUGUAAUUAUUUUUAUUUAUUGUUAGGUCCCUCCUCCACACCUAUAAAUACCCACCUUAUUUCGUUAUUUUAUUGAUCAAGCUUUCUCAAUUAGCUCUUCUCCCUAUAUACUUCUUUACUCAUUUUCAAAUAUAGUUUUAGUUUUUAGUAGUGUAGAAAUACUAUUUCGGUGAUUCUUAUACUCCGGAUAGUACACAAAAACAAAUAUAGUUUUAGUUUUUAGUAGUGUAAAAAUACUAUUUCGGUGAUUCUUAUACUCUGGGUAGUACACAAAAAGCUCCGACGAGGAGAAAAUGCUAGGGGUUCAAGAGUGGUCAAUGAGUUCUUCAAUUCGGAGUAAAGCUUUGAAUUUCAGGUAUGUAAGACUAUUCAAAGCAUUGAAUUGAGUUCGUCCAUGCGUCCAAUAGUUAAAUUCAUUGUAAUUGAGUUAUAGUUGAGUUUUACCUAAAUCUUGAAUUUUAAAU